GGGCUAUAGCUGGCAGGUGGGCCGUGACAGAUAUAAGCUGCAGCUGCAGUACCCUCACAGUUACAACCAGUAGAAAACUCUCAGUUAAAAGCCUGCAACUAACGGAGGAUGGCCUUGUUCACUGUUGUCCUGCUUCUCUCCAUUGGUCUCCAAGGACGAGUUCUGACGCAGACGUUUAUUGCCGAUGAUUUGCAAAGUGUUCCAGAGUCACAGGGAACAGGGGAUGUCUGCAAGGACUGCACCCAAAUAUUUGAACUCCUCGCUGACCUGGUCUCCAAUCCAGACCUCCAGAAAAAGGUCAUGAAUGGCAUCGAAAGCAUCUGUGACCACCUGCCUGGACCAGCGGCAACAAAAAAACUCUGCAAAGACGAGGUGGAGAAGAUGCUCCCAAUGGCCAUCCACUUUCUCACUGUUAUGGUGAAACCAGCGCAGAUCUGCAAGGUGCUCGGCCUCUGCAGCACCUGUGAGAAACAGGAGAAGAUGCUGAGUUUUUUGAUGAAGGAGGCCCUACAGGUUGCCGGGACCGCAGAAAAUAUGCAGUCGACCUCACAGUGCUCCUUCUGCAUUCUUCUUGUCCAUUCACUGGAGAAUCUGCUGCCAAAGGAAAGGACUGAGGACGCGGUGAUCCACGCGCUGGAGGAGAUUUGUCAUUUGUUUCCCCAGUCCUACCGCAGCCAGUGCGAGACCGUCAUCAGCAUGUUCGGCAAGACGGUGCUGGAUGCAAUCAUUAGCCACGCCACCCCUCAGGCCAUCUGUGCGCUCAUCCACAUGUGUAAAGGGCAGGAGGCCCCUGGUGUAGAUCCGUGCACUCUGACAACAUACCGGUGCAGAGACGUCAACACUGCCCUCAAAUGCGGAACUCUGUUCUACUGUCAGAGGUUCACCUGGAAGCCUCUGAGCUACAACACGAUCUAAAAUACCGAGACUGGGAGUAAAAAUAUGAGGCAACCUCGUGACGCAUCUGAUAUUUGUACAUCAACAACUCAACUCCUCUUGCAUCCUGUCCAAUAAUCUUCCGUCUAUAUCUUCUAUAGCUUUUCGUGAUUUUGCAUACUGUAUCUAGUCUGAAGACAUGAGUGACUGAAUCUGCGUUCAACAGAAUCUAUCACACUCAAUUAUUAUAUGAACUUCAGCUGCAGAGAUUUGAAAGCAUUGUUGGAUUCAGAGAUACGCUUCCAAGUUUCGAUAAUAUUCUUUAUACCCGAGAACAAAAAUGAAUGUGUGCUAUGUGUCAACAAAUUAAAUAUAUGAUAUGGCUGUGAA